GUUAAGGUCUUGGGAAGGGAGGAGCUGGAGCUGGGAACCAAGUUGAAAUGAAAGGAAGGACUUGAGAGAACUAACUUCUUUGAGUCCUGAAACCAGCAAAACAAUCAGCAAAGAGCAGACCGAUUGAAGAAUACAGUAAUCAGGUGCAGAAUUUCAGAGUGGGAUAUCAGAUAUUUAGUGUGAAGGUACGUCAACGCUUGGAUAAGAACACCUGGCAAAGUAAACAGCUGUGAAGAUUCAUCAUGGAAAUCAAAGAAGAAGGCACAUCGGAAGAAGGCCAACAUUUCCUUCCUCCCGCCCAGGCAAAUGACACAGGGGACAUUCAGUUCACGAGCAUUCAGAAGAUGCCCAAUGAGCCACAGCUGGAAUUCAUCCUUGCAUGCAAGGAUCUCGUGGCUCCUGGCCGUGAUCGGAAGCUGAACACCCUGGUGCAGGUCUCAGUAAUCCACCCCGCCCAGCAGAGUGUCUCAAGGUAUUCCAGCACCGAGACUGUGGAGGGAACAAGAGACCCACUGUUUCUGACUGGUGUCACAUUCCCACCCGAGUACCCCAUCUACGAAGAGACCACAAUAAAACUAGCCGUGUAUGAUGUGAAGGACAAGUCCCACGACACUGUUCGAACCAGUGUCCAACCUGAGCACAAGGAUCCCCCACCAGAAGUUGGGAGAAGUUUCUUGGGUUCUACCGUCUUUCAAGUCGGGGAGUUACUGAAGUCAAAGGAGCAGCUGCUGACCCUGGGUCUGAGAACUUCCGAUGGUGGCAAAGUGGUUGGAACCAUAGAAGUCAGUGUGGUGAAGAUGGGGGAGACGGAGGAUGCAGAUGCUGACCACACCACCACAGAUGUACAGGGGCAAAAGUGUGCACUGGUAUAUGAAUGUACAGCUCCAGAAAGCAUCAGUGGAAAAGAUAACUCCCCUUUUCUGAAUGCAGUGUUAAAGAAUCCAGUGUGCAAAUUAUAUCGAUUUCCCACAUCGGACAAUAAGUGGAUGCGUAUCCGGGAGCAGAUGUCGGAGAGCAUACUUUCUUUCCAUAUUCCUAAGGAAUUGAUUUCCCUUCACAUAAAAGAAGAUUUGUGUAGAAAUCAGGAGAUAAAAGAACUUGGCGAACUUUCUCCACACUGGGACAAUCUACGGAAAAAUGUCCUUACUCACUGUGACCAGAUGGUGAAUUUAUACCAAGACAUUCUGACGGAACUGAGCAAGGAGGCAGGGUCCUCUUUCAAAUCAAGCAGCAGCAAAGGAGAGAAAACAUUAGAAUUUGUCCCAGUAAAUCUACAUCUACAAAGAAUGCAUGUACAUAGCCCUCACUUGAAAGAUGCCAUCUACGAUGUUGUCACCGUGGGAGCCCCUGCAGCCCACUUCCAGGGGUUUAAGAAUGGUGGUCUUCGAAAACUGCUCCAUAGAUUUGAGACGGAAAGAAGAAAUACUGGAUACCAAUUUAUUUACUAUUCACCUGAAAACACAGCAAAAGCAAAGGAAGUUCUCAGCAACAUCAAUCAACUACAACCUCUGAUAGCAACCCAGGCAGACCUACUGCUUCAUUCCGCAAGCCAGCAUUCUCCAGACAGCUUGAAGAAUUCUUUAAAGUUGCUUGCAGAAAAAACAGAACUUUUCGUGCAUGCCUUUAAGGAUCAGCUGGUCAGAAGCGCUCUUUUGGCUCUCUACACUGCAAGGCCAGGGGGCACCUUUAAGAAAACCCCAUCUCCCAAGAGCAGCAAAGAGGAGAGCCAUGCCCAGCACCAGUCCCCGCCCUUCAAGAGGCAGGACUCCAUUCCGCAUCACUCAGACUACGAUGAGGAGGAGUGGGACAGGGUGUGGGCCAACGUGGGGAAGAGCCUGAACUGUGUGAUCGCCAUGGUGGACAAGCUGAUCGAGAGAGAGGGCAGCGCGCAGCAGGACGGCGAUGGAGAAGUGGAGCCCGAGGGGGCGGACGCCCCUCACCCCCAGGAAGACUGGCACGCGCAGCUGCAGCCCCUCAUCCUUGCCCUGAAGGACUGCAUGGGCGAAGUGGUGAGCCGGGCCAAGCAGUCCCUGACGUUCGUGCUGCUCCAGGAGCUCGCCUACAGCCUGCCCCAGUGUCUGAUGCUGACCCUGCGCCGGGACGCUGUCUUCAGCCAGGCGCUUGCUGGAUUAGUUUGUGGUUUUAUCAUCAAAUUAUACACCAGUUGGCAUGAUCCUGACUUCCUGGGGCUGCUGUCCACGGUGGGGCUGGUCGUGCAGUACGAAGGCCUGCUGAGCACGCACAGUGAUGAACUCGGAAUGCUGGAAGACAUGGCUGUUGGCAUUUCGGACCUGAAGAAGGUUGCAUUUAAAAUCAUUGAAGGCCACUCCAAUGAUGUUUUGCCAGUUAUCACAGGAAGACGGGAACACUACGUGGUGGAAGUCAAGCUUCCAGCUGCCAUGUUUGAGUCGCUGCCGCUCCAGAUCAAGGAAGGGCAGCUGCUUCGCGUUCAUCCAGUACUUUUCAAUGUGGGCAUCAACGAGCAGCAAACCCUCGCAGAGAGGUUUGGUGAUGUCUCUUUGCAAGAAAACAUUAAUCAGGAAAAUUUUGAGCUUUUAAAAGACUAUUAUACAAUAUUUAUGGAAAAGAUGCCUCCUGACUACAUUUCACGCUUUCAAGAACACAAUGAUUUAAAAGGAUUGCUAGAAAACCUACAUCAAAACAUCCAAGCCAAAAAAAGAAAGAACGUAGAAAUCAUGUGGCUGGCGGCAACGAUCUGUCGCAGACUCAAUGGAAUCCGUUUCACGUGCUGUAAAAGUGCCAAAGACCGGACCUCCAUGUCCGUGACCUUGGAGCAGUGCUCCAUUUUGCGGGACGAGCACCAUCUACACAAGGACUUCUUCAUCCGCGCUCUGGACUGCAUGAGAAGAGAAGGCUGCCGCAUAGAGAAUGUACUGAAGAAUAUCAAAUGCAGGAAGUAUGCUUUCAACAUGCUGCAGCUGAUGGCUUUCCCCAAGUGCUACCGACCUCCGGAAGGGACUUACGGAAAAGCUGACACCUAAGUUUACCAUCAUGUAAAUAAACAGAAACGCAAAUACGUUUUGGUUGGAAAAAUCUCUCUAUGAUGGUUUUUUUCUUUUUCUUUUUUUUUAAGGAAGGGGAAGCAUUUGCCCAAAUUGAGGAAUUACCAAUCAUGCCUGGCAUAGGCCGCUCCAAGCCUCGUGUAACAUUGUCAUUUCUGUUUCCCAGCCCCUUUGUGCUGAAGCUCACUGGUUGGAAGGAGAGAGGGUAAACUUCACUUGUGGAGGAUUUGAGUAAAAAGUGUUCUGGGCCCACCCAGGUGGCCAAUACGAUUCAGGGAGUGAGCGGGGAAAAUGAGAACAAGAAUUUAUGGGUUGCUUCUUGAUAUCAGAUCACUUUAGAGCCUAUUGGGGGCCCGGUAUGAAGUCUCUUCCUGGUAAACCUACACUAGGAGACUGUAACUCGUGUUCUUGACAGCUUGCAGCUGUGUCUGUGUUCUGUCCAGCUGUGGCGCUCCUGUAAGUGACGAGGGAGAACACACUUCAGCACUAGUUUGGUGUUGUCAAAACUCUGACUUGGGUUGUGUGAGUUUGAGAUAACGUGACAAUACAGACUAUUUGAUGAUACAACCGGCACAACGCUGCAGGGCUGUGAGAGUUGGGGAAUCUCUUGAUGACUCCCCAUCAGCUCAAACUUUACACCUUGAAAUUCAGGAGAUCUUUCAGAUGUUUCCUCACAGUCACCUUGAUGUGAAUUUGCAAUCCACCGCCACAUAGGUUAGUAUGGAUAAAUAUACUUGUAAGAUCUAUGCAGCUACCGUGACCAAGGAGCACACAUUUCUGUUUAGCUGAAUUUCAGCUUCUUUAAAAUAACACCACUGAUAAAUUUUCCCAAGUGCCAAAUUAGUCGUGGCCUUAGAGAUCAUCCUACAGAGAACUAGUAUUCACACAUUGGUAAACUAAGACCAGAGGCCUGGUUCGAAUAUUGCAGACUCUCCAUUACAAUCCCUCCUUUGUUUUAUUUUAUUUCUUUUACCUUCCUAACUUAUGACUCAUCUCUUUUCUACAUUGCUAUGCUAACUACGCAUGCCAAUUCAGAAAGAAGAGUUGACAACAAAAUUAGGAUUUAUCAAGUGGAAUUGAAAUUUAGAGAAUAAAAUCUGAAUAAAUGAAACCUGUAUUUUUCCAGAUGUAUGUGGGUUUUCUGUUUCUCAUGAUUGGAGUAUGCCAUUCAGAAAAAUAAAUCUUGUUCUUCAUCUUUUGGAAAUACCAGGGCUUAUUAAUAUAUCUUUUAGGUGAAACCACAUCCAAUGCAUAGUUAAUAUGAGCUCUAUAUCAGUGAUGCCUGUUAAAAUAAGAAUUUCAAACAGAUCAUUAGUUCCAUGUUGAGUUGUUCAAAUCGCUCACAACUUUGGAUAAUACUGAGCCUUCCCACGUUAGAAUUAUCAUGUUAUCUAAUGACCUGUGGGUAUGCUGUAACAAUUGCCAAACUGUUUAUAGCUCUUUAAUUGAAAAUGUUCUGUAUAUGCUGGAUUUGUUCAAUGAAAAAAAUAUCGUAGGCUUCUCUGAUAAGAUUCAUUCUCCAUUUAAGUAGAAUCUUUGAAUUGCUGUGUUUCCAAAUGGAAGGGUCUGUGGUUAUUUUCACUAUCCCAUUGAAUUUAAGGUAGAGUGGUAGGGAUGACAGAGAUCUUCUAGAAUAGCUAUAAAAUUUGUUGAGAAUAUCAAAUGAUGGUCUGAAUCCCAGGGGAUGUCAUUUGAUUUACCAGUGUUUAAAGAUUUAAACAGUAA